AUGUCGCGACUGUGUGGUAUGCGCCCUGAAGGGCUUACGGUGGACUCGAGGUUCAGCCCUCUUCCGUCGAUGUGUUUUUUCGACGCCAUCAUCAUUCCUUUACCGGCAUGGAUUCGUCUCACCGUCACCUUCGCCCUCUUCCACUUCAUCGUGCCGGUUCUCAUUGUCGACAAGAUCAAGCGAUAUAGCGUUAAGAAGGAAUGGCAGAGGCAUGCCCAAUUAUCCGUCUACUUCUUCUCCAUACUCGUGGUUUUCCUCAUGGAGAUUAUGGAAAUUGCCAGACUCGCAGAGAUCCGCUACGCCAUCGGCCUGCUUCCUUUCGUCUUCGCAGGCUGCGGUGUAUGCGCCGUCAUGCAGGCCACCCGCGGUAUCAAGGGCAAGAUUCGCAACUGGCAGGUGGCCAACAUUAUCUUCUGGAUCAUGAGCGUCAUCGUCACCAUUAUCAAGAUUCUCACGAUUCAGCGCUCUAGCAUGCGCUUCCCGGAGUUUCGACGAAUGGGAACUGACUAUCCGACGACCCACCAGGUUCAGGACUUGGCCGUCAUUGCUGGAUUCUACGUCCUCAUCCUUAUUAAUGAGAUAGCGCUGUUCUUCCAAAAGACCUGGGAAGAGACGAUCGACGCAGAGAACAUCAAGAAGCUGCGCCUCACCAGGUCGAUCAGCGACCAGGCCCGCUACGAUCUCACCCGGGCUAUCGAGGAGGGCUACUACCCGUCAGGCGUUACGUAUUUGACGCUGAGACUUGAGGGUGAAUCCCAGAGCGAGAAGGCCGUCAGCAAGGACAACAUCCUCAAGAAGACGGCCAGUAUGGACGCCUCCAUCGCAGGAUCGUCGUCCAGCGAGAAGACGGCCGGCAAGAGGCUCAUGGACGAGGACUCCAUCGAACCGGUGCCCAUGAUUCCCCCAAGCUUCAGACGCAACAGCGAGCGGUGGUCAUCGGCCAUGACGCUCAAGGACGCCGCUGGAGACGACAACAUGAACGAGAAGGUCGGCGGCAAGGAAAACAAUAAGAAGCGCGGUAGCGAGAGGUGGUCGAAUGCUAUGACGCUCAAGGAGCCCGCGGCCCUCCGUGACGGUCACGACAAACGCGUCUCGAGCUUUGCCUCCCCGAUGGUCGCCGACAUUGACGAGAUCACACCCUUGGACCCGCCAUCCACCUCGUCAUCCAGAUACGAAGACGAGCAUGCCGCACAAAAGGCGAUGCUCCUCGACAGCCCCUUUCCCAUGAAGGAACUCCCCGACAGACGCUCAUUCAUGCUCAAGCCCUCGCGCCCCAAUACCGAAAGGUGGUCCAACGCCAUGACGCUGCGCGGCGAACUGUCGUCCAGCAGCGGCAGCCAGGAGCCUUCUCCCAAGGAGCACAUGGAGCAUAUGCCCGCAGCGCCCCCAGCCGCGGCAACGGCCCCGACCACGCCGGAGCGCAAGGUCUCGGCCAGCGAGCGGAACAUGAUGAGGAGAUACUCUGACGCCUCGACACGGUCCAUCAGGAGAUUCUCCGCGCGCAGCGACCUCCGCGAGGCGGCUGCUACUGCGGCGGCGUUUGUGGAUGGCGACGAGCCGCUCACUUCGCCCACGGAAGCGCAUCCUCUGCAGCCGAACCACCACACGCCGUAA